GUCUCCCUUUUUCAGUCACCACUACACCCGAUGGUCAUAAUAUCGACUUGCAACUGCGCCAUGCACUCCGAGUCCAGGUGGAAAGGAUUGAGCCAUCUAUCGCUUUACCUUAUCCCAAGCCCGAACAUCCGAUUAUAGCGAGCUGUUGAUUGAAGCCGAAGCAGUUCCCGACGACUUAUUAGGACUUAUUACACAUUGCCAGACCAAAAAACAUUGGAAAAAACCACGCGAAUAUCGUUAAAAUCUCUAGUGGCCAAAGAUGGCAAUAUUGGGCACCCCCUGGAAAUGAAAAGUAUCUGUAUGUUGGUUACCUGGAGUGUGAGUGUUUGAGCAUUCCGUCAAUCCCGAUUCUCCAAGUCUAUUAACCCCACGCUGAUGCCUCACGACACUCGAUUAACUCCCCAAGUUCAACAUAACUACAGUGCAAAAGGCCAGAACGUCAACCACGGCGAGGACCAAAAUAUCAAUAGCGGAUCAGGGCAAUUUUACACCUGUCCUCAGCCUCUGAAGUCCACACGGUCUACAGCCGACCACUCCACCAACGAGAAUGCUAAUGCGUCACGAAAUGGCACGGGAGUGCAGCAUAACUACAGUGCAGAAGGCCAGAACAUCAACCAUGGCGAGGACCAAAAUGUCAAUAGCGGAUCUGGAAGAUUUUACACCAAUUUUCAGCCCCCACUGGUGAGUUCUCGCAAUGAAAUGUUUAAUAAAUUGAUCAUCCCAUCAUGGCCAGACUCGAGUGAAGGGCAAAGAUUAGCCUCGUUAACGGCGGUUGACUGGACCGAGUGUUCAUACCAUGGCUUUAGGCUUACUUUCGCGUCGUUGAUUACCUUGUACUUAUUAUCAACUUUAGUUUGAGUUCGUCCGACAUGUAAUCAAGUGAGUUUGAAUCAAAUGUUC